AUGGGGAUGUGGAUGCUCCUUCUCCGAACCGUACGCAUAGUAAAAGAAAAGGAGGCUUGGUUUGCUGUGAAUGGUUGUCCAAUCCGCUAUGGUACUAGAGAACAUGCUUUGAUAUCUGGUUUGAACUGUAGAAACUAUCCACUGAACUACAAGCAAUCCGGAGGCACGAACUUUGUGAAGAAAUAUUUUGGCCAUCGAGUAGUUAGGUAUCAUCACGUGAAAGCAAUGGUUCAGGAGGGAAUGGAACCUGGUCGUGAUAGGUUGAAGCUGCUGGUCUUGUAUUUUCUAUCGAGUGUUAUAGUUGGGCAAAGAAGGGCCGGUGAAGAUGCCCCUCCCGUGGAGCCAUUCUUGCUUAGAGCAGUUGAUGAUCUCAACUUAUGCAAAACAUUCCCUUGGGGUAGAUUGUCGUUUGAUUACAUGCUGAGACAGAUUUCGAACACUAUGAGCCAUUUUGAUGGGGAGGUGAAAGAAGGUAUGAUUUGGCCAGUUCCCGGAUUCUCUUCCAAUGGAGGUAAAUGUAUAUGUCUCUUCUUAGCAUUUGAGGCCAUCGAGAAAUUGGGGGAGAAAUUCUGA